AUGAAGUUUGACGAUCUCUUGGUGCAUCUCGGCGAGUUUGGACCGUAUCAGAAAUGGUUAUACUUUCUCCUCUGCAUUCCGGCCAUCGGAACGGGUUUUCACGCUGUCAUAGCCGUCUUCAUUCUGGGAAUCCCAAAACACAGGUGCGCUAUCCCUGGUUUACCCAACGAUACCUACGAAAUCCAGAAUGACUUUCACCAAUGGCUUGUUAACGUGACCAUUCCUGUAAAAGACUCCCGGUCAGGUUCAGAAUAUGCUAAAUGCGAAAUUUAUAACAUCACUGCUUGGGGUCCGGGCUUCAUACACUCCAACGAAACCAUUGGAUGUGACAGAUGGGUUUUUGACCAAUCGGAUUUUCUGAUAACUGGCACGACGCAGAUGUCGUUUGUGUGUGAUGACUUGUUGAAGAGAUCUCACAUUACCAUGGCUUACAUGCUGGGUAAGCUGGUCGGGUCUUUAGUCUUUGGCGUUCUUGGAGACAUAAUAGGUCGGAAGAAAGUGUUGUGCUUCUCUGUGCUCCUGUUACUAAUUUCUGGGGUAACGACAGCAUUUGUCCCUGACUUCAUCAGCUUUGCCGUGGUCCGCUUCUUUAACGGGGCCUCCACCUCGGGCAUUUUCCUCAACGCUUUCACCAUUGGCAUGGAGCUGGUUGGACCUUCAAAGCGAAAAUGGACUGGAAUGGGAAUCGAGUUUUUCUUUGUCAUCGGUGAAGCCCUUCUUGCGCUCGUAGCUUACUUUGUUAGGGACUGGCAUCAUCUGCAGCUGGCUAUGUCUGUGCCAGUAGCUCUUCUCCUGGUGUACUGGUGGAUCAUUCCCGAGUCACCAAGAUGGCUGCUGGCCAACGGGAGAAAGGAGGAGGUGAAAAAGAUACUGGAUAAGGCCGCUAGGGUCAACAAGGUUAGGCUGCCGGCAAAUCUCUUGGACGACCCCAUGGAGGAGGCACCCAAAGCGAGACUGUGGCAGCUGUUCACCCACAGAACGCUUUGUAUCAGAACACUGGUGAUCUUCCUAAACUGGGUUGUUGUGACAAUGACCUACUACGGCCUGUCUCUGAACAGUGGGUACCUGUACGGCAAUAUCUACCUGAACUUCUUCCUGUCUGUCGCAGUGGAGUUUCUGGGUUACCUUCUCUGUCUGCCUCUGCUAGACCGCCUGGGACGGAAGUGGCUCCACUGCGCCUCCAUGCUGCUCGGUGGUAUCGCCUGCUGCUGCUCCAUCUUCACCGUCCUCUACCUUCCUUAUGAGUAUCAGUGGGCGACGACUAUCUUGGCGAUGGUGGGUAAGAUGGGCGCCUCGGCAGCUUUCGCCGUCAUCUACAUCUUCUCCUCUGAGCUUUUCCCCACCAUUAUCAGGAAUGGCGGCAUGGGCGCCAGCUCUAUGAUUGCCAGAGUCGGCGGUAUGAUUGCUCCCUACAUUGCCGAUCUGGGCAAACUGAUUGGUGGAGACAUGGAGACAGCCUUACCGCUCAUCGUGUUCGGAGCUGCUUCUGUCACCGCUGGACUGGCGGCUCUCGUCUUACCGGAAACAUUGUCACGGAAACUGCCGGACACAAUCGAAGAUGGAAUCAAGUUUGGAAAUGACGGUAAUAUCUACCCGAACUUCUUCCUGUCCAUCGUCGUGGAGUUUCUGGGUUACCUUCCUUGUCUGCCUCUGCUACACCGCCUGGGGCGGAAGUGGCUCCUCUGCGCCUCCGUGCUGCUUGGUGGUAUCGCCUGCUGCUGCUCUGUCUUCACAGUCCUCUACCUCCCUUAUGGUGUGAUGGUGGGGCAGGUGGGCUCCUCGGCAGCUUUCGUCGUCAUCUGCGUCUUCUCCUCUGAGCUUUUCCCCACCAUGGUCAGGAAUGGCGGCAUGGACGCCAGCUCUAUGAUUACCAGAGUCGGCGGGAAGACGACGCCUACAGAACUGGAGGUUCAAGGAUCAUUCCAUUCACAGAAUGAGAAGUCCGAAGAGGGUGUUGACAAUCCGGGGUAUUCCAAAGUCUGA